GCUGAGGGGGAAGAUGAGCUCAGCGCGCGCAGGGGGGCAGGUAACGUCAGCAGUCGGCCGGAGCAAGGAAGGACUGUGCAGAAGCUACACACCUAACAAGCGUUAAUGGCCGCUUAAUUACCGACAAACAUCGACUCGUGUCAGAAAUGGGCAGCUAAUCAGCCCGGUGUGAUUCAGCGACGCGGUUUCUCCUCAUCCUCGAGUGCCUCGGCAGCAUCUCGCGCCCUCCGCCUGGCUUGAAAUGGGAUGAUAUGGGAUUAUUCAUGUCGACGAAGAUCCGGGGGAUACUUGCGUUUGCCUUUGUUCUCCUGCCCCUUACUGUGCCAGGAGACCCUGCAGAUGUGAAGUGUGAGAACGUUUAUAAAGACUUUUCUGAAUGUGUCCUGGAACUGGGAGAGAGUAUGGACAACUACCAGGAGAACGUGACCAGUGAGAGGGGAGUGGCAGCAGUGUGCAGCCACUGGGAAGCUUUCCACACAUGUGCCCUGACAGCGCUGUCUGACUGUCAAGAGGAAGUCAGCUCCAUCUGGGAGACUCUGAGGCAAGACUCCAGGAAGAUUCGCUUCCAGGGGAGUCUGUUUGACCUGUGCAGCCCCAGCUCAUCUCCCAGUCUAAGGUUGCCUCUAGCCGCCCUAAUUCUGCCAGUGAUGCUGGCCAUAACAGGGCUUAACUGAGAACCUAUAUAGAUAGGUUAGGAGUGGGGUAUAUCCCAAGUUUCAGUCCUCCUGAGCACAAACUUAAAGCCAAGGAUUUAGGAAGAACAAAGAAUUAGAGCCAUGGAUUUCUGUGGCAAGACAAUCAAUCCAGCUUUUUUGAUUAAUAAUAUUUAAUAUCUUCCAAAACUUUUUUUCUUCCCUUUCAUCUGGAAAACCUUUCAACCAACCAAUCCAGGUGGAUUAGACCAAACAUUACUUUCUGGGU